CCUAUCGCGAAGGCAUUUAUUUAUUAGCAUUUAGAAGUCUCGCUGGAAAAGGGGCGAGGCUGUAUCAAUUUCAGAUUGUGUGAAAGUGGCAGCCAGCCAUCGAGCACACGUUCAGUUACGACGCAGUAUUACGCACAAGACAAUGGGGCUAUCGGGAAGUUUCUACCAGCGAGCAGGAUCCAUCGUUCUGCUGCUGGGGGUUUUGGCAACGUGCAAUGGGCAAGUAUUUUACUACCAACCAGAACAGGUGCACCUUUCGUUCGGUGAAUCGCCGCUGGAGAUUGUAGUCACCUGGAGCACGAUGACGGCGACCAACGAAUCGGUCGUCGAAUAUGGCAUUGGUGGACUUAUCUUAACCGCUACCGGUACGGAGGAAAAGUUCGUAGACGGUGGUGCCGGAAAGCACACGCAGUACAUUCACCGUGUCGUACUGCGAGAUUUACAACCAUCGUCCCGGUACGAGUACCAUUGCGGCAGCCAGUGGGGCUGGUCGCCGGAGUUUUACUUCCACACCACUCCAUCCGGAUCCGAUUGGUCUCCGUCGUUCGCCAUAUUUGGAGACAUGGGCAAUGAGAACGCACAAUCGAUGGCCCGGUUGCAGGAGGACACCCAGCGCCACAUGUACGACGCGAUCCUGCACGUGGGCGAUUUCGCGUACGACAUGAACUCCAACAACGCGCUCGUUGGCGAUCAGUUUAUGAACCAGAUUCAAUCGAUCGCCGCCUAUACGCCGUACAUGGUGUGCGCCGGCAACCACGAGGAGGCAUACAACUUCUCAAACUAUCGCGCCCGCUUCAGCAUGCCCGGUGGCACGGAGAAUCUGAUGUACAGCUUCAACCUCGGUCCGGUUCACUUUAUUGGGUUUUCCACCGAGGUGUACUACUUCAUGAAUUACGGCCUCAAGACGCUCGUGAACCAGUACGAGUGGCUCCGGCGGGACCUGGAGGAAGCGAAUCGGCCGGAAAAUCGCAAAGAACGCCCGUGGAUAAUCACCUACGGCCACCGACCGAUGUACUGCAGCAACGAUAACGAUAACGAUUGCACGCACAGCGAAACGCUCGUACGCGUCGGUCUGCCGUUCGCGCACUGGUUCGGCCUGGAGGAUCUCUUCUACGAGCAUGGCGUCGAUGUAGAAAUUUGGGCCCACGAACACUCGUACGAGCGGCUGUUUCCGAUUUACGAUUACAAGGUGUACAACGGCUCGUACGAGGAACCGUAUCGCAAUCCGCGCGCUCCGGUGCAUCUCGUGACCGGUUCCGCCGGUUGCAAGGAAGGACGGGAACCGUUCAUUCGCAAGAUUCCGGCCUGGAGUGCCAUUCACAGUCGCGAUUACGGUUACACACGCAUGAAGGCCAUCAACGGAUCGCAUCUGUAUUUCGAACAGAUUUCCGUCGACAAGGAAGGCGCCAUCAUAGACUCGUUCACUAUCAUCAAGGACGAACACUUGCCCUACAAACAAUUGCUCGAGCGUGACGAGCAGCAGCGCCAGCGGACGAGCGAUGGCACAAAUUAGUCGAAUCUUACGCACAGGACAUGGAGGCCCAACCAACGCUCCUGAUCCAUUGCGUAUCGUUACCAAAAGCUUAUCGACCAUAGAAAUAUUUCUUUUUUCAGCAUUAAAUUAGUACGCAACGUAUUGUUUGGUCCAAAUAAAAUAUGAAACCGUAUGAUGGACACGGAACAACAGAGCUUUAUUUUGUCAGCUCAAUGCAGAAUGGUAGAAUGAUGCGCUAGUCUGGAAUGAAAUACGCGCCGGAGAUUCGCUCCGAUGAUGCAAUC